AUGCCUCUCUCAACUCCCGCCCCCCCAAAGAGGAAGAAGGCCAACAAGAUCAUUACUGAUCUGACCAACAUCACCCAGGACGAUGAAGAAUCGGACCCCGAGGCAUCAGAGUUUGAUCUGGGCACUAAGAUCAAGACUCCUAAAGACACCAUGCUGGAGGAAUUGUCUCUUAUGACCAACAAGGGAUCCAAGAUGUUCAGGAGGAGACAACAGAGGGUGGAGCGCUUCAUCGUCACCAACGAGAAUAUGCAGAAUCUCCAGAGCCUAGUUCCGUCCCUGGGUUGUGAAAUGAUGGCCCCACCACCCGAGCCUGAACCUGAGCACGAGGAGGAGGUGUUGGAUAAGGAGGCGGAGAAAGAGAAGAGGAGGCAGCAGUAUGUGCGUACUUAUGUGUCUCCAUGGGAACGGGCCAUGAGGGGAGACGAGUCUCUGACUGCCACCAUGCACCACUGCAUGGCUGGACCACACCCCCCCCACGAAAUGCCCAAGUUUAAGAGCUUCAACAGGUCGGCCAUGCCUUAUGGCGGCUCCGAGAAGGCGGGAGGCCACAUGACCUUCGAGCCUCCUGAGAUCCUAUUCGCCCCAUUGGAGCUGGAGCCUCUCCCUUCCCUGCAGGCGGACAUUAGGUCCCGCCCCUCGUUCAACCGCACCCCCAUCGGUUGGGUGUGCAACCCGGAGGACAACUCACACAUCCACAUGCAGUUGGACAACAUGCCUCCCUUCGACGGCGAGACGGACAAUCUGUAG